UUUUUUUAGUUUGUAGAGUUGGUACGCUUAAAGUUUGCUGAGCAGCAGUGACUCGUAGAAUUUCAUUUGUUGGUUAGGCCUGUAUCAUUUUCUAUGGGUCAAAAUCAGUCGGCCGGUGGGGGCUCGGGGGGAGACAAAAAAGAUGAUAAGGAUAAGAAGAAAAAGUAUGAACCGCCCAUUCCAACACGUGUUGGAAAAAAGAAGAGAAGAACGAAGGGCCCAGAUGCAGCCACCAAACUUCCGCAAGUAACGCCCCAUACAAAAUGUAGGCUAAAAUUAUUGAAAUUGGAAAGGAUCAAGGAUUAUCUUCUGAUGGAGGAAGAAUUCAUCCGCAACCAGGAAAGACUGAAACCACAGGAGGAGAAAAAUGAGGAGGAGAGAUCUCGCGUGGAUGACCUGAGAGGAACUCCAAUGUCGGUUGGAACAUUGGAAGAGAUCAUUGAUGACAAUCAUGCGAUCGUCUCUACUUCGGUUGGAAGCGAACACUAUGUCAGCAUUCUCAGCUUUGUAGACAAGGAUCAGCUGGAGCCUGGGUGCUCCGUACUACUUAAUCAUAAGGUUCAUGCGGUUGUUGGUGUAUUAUCCGAUGAUACAGAUCCCAUGGUGACUGUGAUGAAACUUGAAAAGGCACCACAAGAAACCUACGCCGAUAUUGGAGGUCUCGACACUCAGAUUCAGGAGAUAAAGGAGUCAGUAGAACUGCCUCUGACUCACCCGGAGUAUUACGAGGAGAUGGGUAUAAAGCCGCCCAAGGGCGUCAUUCUGUACGGUCCCCCUGGCACCGGCAAAACCUUGCUAGCCAAGGCGGUCGCCAAUCAGACAUCCGCCACCUUCCUACGUGUUGUCGGAUCCGAGCUUAUCCAGAAGUAUCUUGGAGACGGCCCCAAACUGGUCCGCGAGCUGUUCAGAGUAGCCGAGGAGCAUGCGCCGUCGAUUGUGUUCAUUGACGAGAUCGACGCGGUGGGCACGAAGCGAUACGACUCCAACUCGGGUGGCGAACGUGAGAUUCAGCGAACCAUGUUGGAGCUGCUCAAUCAGCUUGAUGGAUUCGAUUCCAGGGGUGAUGUCAAGGUUGUAAUGGCCACCAACCGUAUUGAGACCCUGGACCCGGCGCUGAUUCGUCCCGGCCGCAUCGACCGUAAGAUUGAGUUCCCUCUGCCCGACGAGAAGACGAAACGGCGCAUCUUCAACAUCCACACUUCGCGCAUGACUCUCGCCGAAGGAGUCAACCUGGCUGAACUCAUUAAUGCCAAGGAUGAUCUGUCGGGGGCCGAUAUCAAGGCUAUCUGCACAGAGGCUGGAUUGAUGGCGUUGCGUGAGCGCCGUAUGAAGGUGACAAGUGAGGACUUCAAGAAGUCCAAGGAGAGUGUUCUCUAUAGAAAGAAGGAGGGAACCCCUGAGGGGCUAUAUCUCUAAAUUUGUGUUUCGUCUAACAUCUUUAUUGUCAUUCGUUUAUUUGCAUUUUGUGAAAUUAACAUUUCUAUUAAACUUUGCUGAAAAGUA